ACAGCAGCAUGAACUCCAAGCUUCAAAAGCAUUCUCACGCGCAGACGGGCACUUUAUUUUUCAUCAAGUUUUUUUUGUGUUGUUUUGAAGCUGCUUUGAAUGAUAAACACAUAUUUCUGCUGUAAACUUUUUUUAAUGGUUUCUAAACUCAUGGGACAACCAAAGCAAGAAAGCCUCAUGAUUUGGGGCAAGGUUUGAUGUCAGCAAUGCCUAGAAAAGAGCCAAAGAUGUUUGUCUUGCUCUAUGUUACAAGUUUUGCCAUUUGUGCGAGUGGACAACCUCGGGGUAAUCAAUUCAAAGGAGACAGCUACUCCCCAAGAUAUAUCUGUAGCAUUCCUGGCUUACCUGGACCUCCAGGCCCCCCUGGAGCAAAUGGUUCCCCUGGGCCCCAUGGUCGGAUCGGCCUUCCAGGACGAGAUGGUAGAGACGGCAGGAAAGGAGAGAAAGGUGAAAAGGGGGCUGCAGGUUUGAGAGGUAAGACUGGACCACUGGGCCUUGCUGGAGAGAAAGGGGACCAAGGAGAGACUGGGAAGAAAGGACCCAUGGGACCUGAGGGAGAGAAAGGAGAAGUAGGUCCUGUUGGGCCUCCUGGACCAAAGGGAGACAGAGGAGGGCAAGGGGACCCAGGGCUGCCUGGUGUUUGUAGAUGUGGAAGCAUCGUGCUCAAAUCUGCCUUUUCUGUUGGCAUCACAACCAGCUACCCAGAAGAAAGAUUACCAAUUAUAUUUAACAAGGUCCUCUUCAAUGAGGGAGAGCACUACAACCCUGCAACAGGGAAGUUCAUCUGUGCUUUCCCAGGAAUCUACUACUUUUCUUAUGAUAUCACAUUGGCAAAUAAGCAUCUGGCAAUUGGGCUGGUACACAAUGGGCAGUACCGGAUAAAGACCUUUGACGCCAACACAGGAAACCAUGACGUGGCUUCGGGGUCCACAGUCAUCUAUCUGCAGCCAGAAGAUGAAGUUUGGCUGGAGAUCUUCUUCACUGACCAGAAUGGCCUCUUCUCGGACCCAGGUUGGGCAGACAGUUUGUUCUCUGGAUUUCUCCUAUAUGUUGACACAGAUUAUCUAGACUCCAUAUCAGAAGAUGAUGAGCUCUGAUGAGGACUGCUGGUCUGAAUGUCCCAAGAUCCUUGUGGCAGACACAUUGAUUUAAUCUGGGGCCCUGGAAGGUGGGACAAGCAGAAAUGAGAUCCAAAAAGACACCCACUCAGAUUCCAGAGAAUUUACAGAUAGUUCUAGCAGAAUUUAUUAAAACAGGUUGAACCACCAAACCAUUGAAACCACACCAAAAUGAAUUCUAUAAAACAAUAACCCCAGAUAUGUUUUCUCAAAAGUGAUGUUCAUAAAUAUUUAAACAAAGUAAAGACAAUGUUAAAAAUUUUCUAUUAAAUUCCCUGAGUGCUAAAACUAGCUGGCAAUGAUAUUAUAUCAUUAAAUCUUCAUAUAA